GCCCCCCCCGCCCCCCCACAAAGCCUCCCAAGCUGACAUGGAAAUGAUCCCCAGCGCCCAGCCGCCUCCCGCCUGCCUGGGCAAGCUGCCUGCGCUGGAGAGCAGCGAGAUGCCAGGGCUGGCCUUUUCUCACAUGUAUCAAGUGUACAAGCCCAGGAGAGGGUUAAAAAAAAGUGAAGACAAUAAGGAGACCUAUAAAUUGCCCCACAGACUGAUAGAGAAGAAGAGACGUGAUAGGAUUAAUGAGUGCAUUGCCCAACUGAAAGAUCUCUUACCAGAACAUCUCAAACUUACAACUUUAGGUCACUUGGAGAAGGCAGUGGUUCUUGAACUUACCUUGAAGCAUGUGAAAGCACUAACUAAUCUCAUUGAGCAGCAGCAACAGAAAAUAAUUGCUUUACAGAAUGGUUUACAAGCUGGUGACUUGUCAUCGAGAAACCUUGAUACCAGCCAGGAAAUGUUUCGAUCUGGUUUCCAGAUGUGUGCCAAGGAAGUGCUGCAAUACCUGGGAAAGCAUGAGAACACCAGGGAUCUGAAAUCUUCUCAGCUGGUCAGUCAUCUGCACCGAAUGGCCUCUGAGGUUCUCCAGGGCGGAGCCAGCCGAAAAUCUGGAGAUGCGCCCCUGAAAACGGUGGACUUGAAGGAGAAGUCUGGCUCUUUGCCCAAAACUGCUGAGGGUUAUGGCAAGAACUGUGUGCCUGUUAUACAGAGGACUUUUGCACACUCCAGUGGAGAGCAGAGUGGGAGCGACACAGACACAGACAGUGGGUAUGGAGGAGAGCUGGAGAAAAGUGACUCAAACGCUGAUCAACAGUAUUUUCCAAAGGAUACGGGACUCAACUAUACCAUGCAAGAGAGAAUAAGCUCUAUUAAGCAAGAGACUGAGGACCCACCAGCCAAAAGGACCAGAAUGGAAACUUCAGAAGACGAAGGCCAUUUUAGCAGUGAUCUGAUUGGCUCUUCAAGUAGUUUUUUGGGCCCUCACCCUCACCAGCCUCCUUUGUGCCUGCCUUUUUAUUUGAUCCCACCAUCCGCAACUGCCUAUCUGCCUAUGCUGGAGAAGUGUUGGUACCCGGCUUCCAUGCCUGUCUUGUACCCAAGUCUCCCAGCCUCUGCUUCAGCACUUUCAGGGCUAAUGAACCCAGAUAAAAUCUCUCCAUCUCUCCUGAUGCCUCAGAGACUUCCUUCUCCACUACCAGUCCAUUCCCCUAUCGACUCCUCAGCUCUGCUUCAAGCUUUGAAGCAGAUUCCUCCUUUGAACUUGGAAACCAAAGACUAAGCACAGUGUGACCGUUUUCUUUUUCUUUUCUUUUUUUUAAGUUUGAGACUCUUUCAGUUUUAUAUACCGGCUGGACUGAGGUGUGGGGAUAAGGGUCAUUGAGAGUAGGAAGCAAAAUCCACUUUUCUCUGACUUGUCAGAUAGCAUGGGAAAGGAUGAAGGAAGCACCCAGGUUAGCCAUUCGGGGGAGUUUAAAAAAAAAAAAAAAAAAGGUUUUCUUUGUGCUUUACCCUUUACCCUCCCCAUCUACAGAGCAACAGCUGACUUAGUCAGUGAGGAUUAUAUUUCAAAGCUGUGAAAAAUAUUCCAUUAGGCAGAUUUAGGUGUUAGGGUCUGUGAAUAUAAAAAUAUGGUACUUCUUAUGAGGGCUUUUC